UAAGCUUCACAAGAAUCAGAACAUCAAAAGCCCUAAUCAUGUGUCCUUUUCGUUCUUCAUUCCAUCGGUUACAAUUUUCCUCUGGCAACUCAGUCCCACUCUGUCUACCUCAUCAAUUGUCAGUUACGAAAUUGCGAAGAUGAUUACCCUCCGCAUAUAUUGGUUGACGGCGAGCAGGCGCUGUACGAACCUCGCGGAUUUGCGACGAAAAGGAUUGCGUAUUUGGAGGUUGCUGAUUCUCUCAUCUAUCAAGUUUGAGGAUGUACAAUACGCUGGUGGAAAGAUGCUUCACCGACUGCGUAGACUCCUUCAAGCGCAAGUCGCUGGACAAGCAGCAAGAAACAUGCGUCCGCCGAUGUGCAGAGAAAUUCUUGAAGCAUUCGAUGAGGGUCGGCAUGCGAUUUGCAAAACUCAACCAGGGUGCUGCUACUCAGGACUAAUUUUUGCUUAAUGUUUCGAUAGAAUGCUAUUAAUGGCUACCUGAUGGACCGUGAAUGUGCAGAAUUAUUAUAUAUGAAUGUGCAGAAAUGGGAAGCUACCUGGUUUCAACGAAGACUGGAAGAUACCUGGUGGAUUAUUGAUCCUGGUGGAGAUCAUUUACAUGAGCUAGGAUAAGUAACAUUGAAUGCAUGUGGUCUAAACUAAUAGGAUAAGUAACAUUGAAGUUACAGAAGCUAGCCAAAAUAUAUCAUUUUUGAUAUUAAGAUAUGCAUAGAUAUUCCAUAUACUAC